AUGUCCUCCAAAUCGUCUUUGCCCCAUCCCUGGACAAGCGACAAAUACAAUAGCGGCUUUCAUCCCACCCUCCUCGCCGAAUUGUCCAUGCGUGCGGCUUCAAACGCUAUCCGCGAGAAGCCACGUUGGUGGGAGAAAUUCAAGGAUCCAAUUAUCUCUACCCGUUGGAAGCAAGAGCUUCAGGCAGCCAGUAACGAGCACAACGAUGGAAUGGUAUUGCGAGAUGAGCAAAUUGAGCAUGUCUUCAAGGAGCUCGAGUGGUUUGCAGAGCAGCGCAAGGCGCAAGAGCGAUUGCUGGCCUGUGUUAAGAAGCUGGAGGAUGUACCUGAGCACCUCAAGGACUGGCAUCCAGGUUCAAACAAACAAGUCCUGGACUUGGUACACCCGUCUCUCUUCCCCUUUAUCGCUGGCAGGACCCGUGUUACCGAACAAGAGGCGCUCCCGCCAUUCGACUUUAUUGGCCAAGGCAAGGUUCUCAAAAAGGCUCCCGAUCCUAGUGGCAUCAUUCCUAUCUAUGUCUCCGAGAAAUAUCAAUGGCUGCCUACUGAUUUCGAAGUCAGUCCCGAGGGUAAGGUCAAGAUCAAGUCCUACAUCAACAACCUCCAUCCGGUCGAGCACAAGGACAUGUAUCCAGUCCUUGAGGAGGUCUUUGAAAGGUUUCUUCCAAUGUUCGAGGAUGUCCUCGCAGAGAUGCGAGACAUACCCCGCAAGAGAAACAUCCUGACCGUAAAUCCCUAUGAAUGGUACGGGGAGCGACCAGAGGUCGAUCCUGAGAACGAAGACUUUGACAAUGACGAAUGGUAUAGAACCCGCGAGCCUAUUCCUGUCACCAUCCCUGAGUUCAAAUCUAGAGAAGUACUCAACAAGUACGAGCUCAGGACUGGAAAAACACUCCAAGUCAUCGUCAAGUUGGCCAACAUCGAACUGACCCCAGAGAACCCAAAGUACAACGGAGGCACCUGGCAUGUCGAGGGCAUGGGUAAUGAGAACAUUGCCGCGUCAGGAAUCUACUAUUACCACUCAGAAAACGUUAGCGAGUCGCGUCUGAACUUCAGGAUCCAAGUGAAGGAGCCGAGAUACGAGCAGUCGGACGAUAAGGGAGUCAUGUUCAUGUAUGGACUCGCGAAUUAUCAGCCCUUGGUGCAGUGCCUGGAUGGUAUCGUGACCAAGCAGGACCGAUGCAUCGCUUUUCCCAAUAUAUAUCAGCAUCAGGUUCAACCAUUUGAACUCGCGGACCCCACCAAGCCUGGAUAUCGUCGAAUUCUGGUCUUUUUCUUGGUUAAUCCUGAGCAGCCUAUCUUGUCGACGACCCAUGUACCGCCUCAACAAAAGGGCUGGGUACCACCUAAGGGGCUACUGCUGGAAGUUGCUCAAAAGAUGCCGCCAGAGAUCUUUCAGCAAAUCGAUUCGUUGGUGGGUUGGCCUAUAGAUAUGAAGGAGGCGAAGAAACACCGGGAAGCACUGAUGAGAGAGCGCAAGUUCGUUGUCAAGGACAACGAAUACGUAUAUGAGCGUAUAUUUUACCUUUGCGAGCAUUGA